AUGGCUUCGCCGAAAAUUAAACUUGACCCUGCCGCACCAACUACAUCGACACCUGAAGGAGAUGUGGCUGCUACCUAUUCGGAGACGUGGUACUCGACAUUAAUACAAAUUGUCAUACCAUUUUGUUUGGCCAGCACUGGCACAAUAGUUGCCGGAAUAUUGCUUGGAAAUGUACAGGAUUGGAGAGUAUUUAAGGAAAUGAGCGAACUAAUUGUGCUUGUGCCGGCGCUAUGUGGUCUAAAGGGCAACUUGGAUAUGUGUCUGGCAUCACGUCUCACCACCCAUUCGAAAUUGGGUCAAUUGGGUAACUUUCGAGAUAUUCGUCAGAUAGUCAUUGCCAAUAUGGCACUGGUGCAGGCUCAGGCCAUAGUUUCCUCGGUGAUGAUAGUCAUAAUGACAGUGGUUAUGGGUUCUGCAGUGGCUCUUACCCUGAUGUUUGGCAACUUCUCAACAUUGGCGGCUGCAGCACUGAUUACCUCAACUGUAUCUAGUACGAUACUUGAUUCUCUUUUAAUGGGAGUCAUACUGUUCUCACAACGCUAUCACUUCAAUCCGGACUAUUUGGCCACACCGAUUGUGGCCUCCAUUGGGGACGUGGUUUCCAUAAGUCUUCUCUCCUUAAGCGCCGCCAUAUUGUAUGAUCUGAGCGCAACCCAUGUCUGGAUUAGUUUAAUCAUAAUGUUUUGCUACCUGUUUUUAUUUCUACCCUUUUGGAUAACAUUGAUCCUGAAUAAUAUCUACACCCGUCAAGCCUUGAAAUAUGCCUGGAUACCACUUGCCGCAGCAUUGUUCAUAAAUGAAAUUGGCGGCUAUGUGCUUAGCUCGGCUGUGGUACAAUUUAAGGGAUUUGCUGUCUUUUCGCCCAUCAUUAAUGGCAUCUGUGGCAAUCUAGUUUGUGUUCAGGCCAGCAACAUGGGAUCCAUAAUGCAUCAUCGCAGCGAACUUGGCACCUUCCCCGAGGGAAGUCGAAUAUGCGAAUCACCGUGGAGAGUUCUCCUUGUGGGCACAAUAUAUUCACGUGUCGCUCGUAUUCUUAUAUGUAUAUCAAUACCAGCUAACGCAUUAUUGGUCUAUGUGGCGGACUAUUUCUACAAGUCUUAUAUAUCGGUGAAUGUCAUCUUUGUUGCAUCAUUUGUCCUCACGAGCUUGCUUCAGCUUCUCAUUUUGCUGUGGACGGCUCACGUUCUAAUCCAUCUGCUCUGGAGAUGGAAAAUAGAUCCCGAUAGUUCUGCAAUUCCAUAUUUAACUGCCUUGGGAGACUGCGUGGGCACGUCAUUUCUAUCAAUAAUGUUUCAUCUUCUGCGCCUUUCAAAUCAAGAGUAUCAACCUAAAACAAUGCCUUGGAUCAGACUCGAUUAUGACACAGUACGUUUUUUAAAACCCUAA